AUGUUACUUGGUCUCCAAGUUGGUGGAAAAGCUAUCAACGGUCCUACCGAAGUCACAAAUGAUGUUUACAUGGAGAGCUUAGGGGUGGAACCUACAGAAGCGGAUAAAAAUAGAGGUUCUGUUAGGAUUACCUGGCUAGAAAAUUUAUAUGAAAUUUUAAAAGAUAACUCUGCCCCCACACAAGAAGAAAUUGUUUUACAAGCUAAAGUUUAUAUUUUACUUGUAAUCGCUACUAUUUUGUUUCCUGACAAGAGUCAAAAUCUUUUGCAUUCUUCCUGGAUUCCUUUCGUAGGGGAUCUAGAAAAAUGUGGCACCUAUAGUUGGGGUUCUGCAUGUCUUGCAAAACUUUACAGAGAAAUACGCAAGGCAGCAGUCAAGGAUGUUAGGAGCAUGAGUGGUUGUGUUCUUCUACUCACUUCUUGGGCAUUCACACGUAUACCAUUGUUUGCUCCUGUUAAUACAGUGCAACCCUCAUAUCCAUACGCACAAAGGUAUUUCUAG